GUGAAAUUUUUUUAUUGAUUUUUUCGUGCUAAACUGUCACUAGUUGAAAAUUCGAUUUCUUCUCACUUUAAAAGUUAAAAACAAAGACAUAUUAAAACAUAAAGAAACAAAUUCUAAGAAAUAAUGAAUAAAUUAUAGUUAUGAAAAUAUUAAUUGCAUUAUGAAGUGAUGGUGUUGGCUUAAGAAAAUAAAAUUAACAACAAAAAUGAAAGAAUAUGCAAAACGAAUUCUUUAAGGAAUAUUAAAUAAAAUAGAUAUUUUCCUAUUCUUUUUUCAUUUAACAGAAAGCAUUUUUUUUUUUAUUAUUUAAUUACGUCUCACACUUCGUGGUUUUGUGUGCCUGCGUACAUCGUAAUUUGCCGUUUUAUUUCUACAAGUCUCUCGUUUUACGCUCUCCUACAUAUUUUGAGUUUAUGUUCCGUUGCGUGCUUUAAAAGCAAUUUGAAUUGUACUUGUAAUUCACUUCUCUUUUCGAUUUUGUUUUGCAACAAUUAAAUAUUUCCAUCAUCUAUAGUCGAAUUCACCAUCCGCGUUUAUGCGUGCAAUAGAUCUAGAGUCAUCGAAAAUAUAUUGUUCGAAAAUUGGGUGUUGGCAUUAUCGUGGCUUCAUGAAUAUAUGAAAAAAGAUUGGUUUAAUGCUUUUGUGACUGAAAACUAAUUUGGGCAAUAUCGGGAAUAUAAGUGAAGUGCUGAUUGGAAGGUAAUUCUUUCAUUUGAAUUGUUACUCUUCGGUUUGGGUAGCAACUGGUACGUGUGUGUUUGUGAAGUGGUGGCGGCGGGCAUCAACCGAGUUGGCCUUCUAAAGGGCAAAAUAAUUUCGUUUACUGUCGUUAGGGUGCAUAUUGAUGAUGAUGGCGCCUGAUUCAAGGUCGUUUACUAUACGCAGUCGCUCCCCGGCUUCAUCUAUUUACUUGUUAUGUUUUUCUGCGAUAUUUUUCAACUUGUUUGCUCCAACCGUACAGAACUGUGUUUGGUACGGUGUCUGCAAUACAGAUGACUUUCAACGAAAACAGUAUUGCGCCUACAAUAGUACAGCAAAACCUAUCUCACCAGACGGUAUAAAACUGUUGCAAGAGCGUUGUGGUUUUAUGCUGGAAGAUGGUGCCACCGACUUCUGCUGUGAUAGCGAACAGGUAAACAUCUUGAAUACUAAUAUCAAAUUGGCAGCGAAUUUUUUAGACCGUUGCCCGUCAUGCAUGGCAAACUUGGCGCGUCAUUUAUGCGAAUUUACAUGUUCUCCUAAGCAAUCAGAAUUUAUGCAUGUGGUGACGACAGAGAUCUCUAAAAAAGGGCAACUUUAUGUGAAUAAUAUUGAUGUCCAUAUAACAGCAAAUUAUACCAAUAGUACCUACAAAUCAUGUUCUCAGGUUUCUGUACCUUCAACGGGUCAAUUAGCAAUGGAUAUUGUGUGCGGCAGUCAUAUGGCGGCACGCUGCAGCGCUACUAAAUGGUUUACGUAUAUGGGUGACGCCGGUGCUAACAUAUACGUGCCAUUUCAAAUUAAUUACAUACAACAUCAGAAUAAUACGCCCUCGCAAAACAGUUACCGUCCUUUGGAUCCUAAAACAGUUCCUUGUUACAAACCAUUAAAUGAUAAGACUCCGGCUUGUUCAUGUGCCGAUUGUGAAAGUUCAUGCCCCAAGCCGCCGCCAGAACCUCCUACUCCACAGCCAUUGACGAUUGGAGGUUUUGAUGCUUUUACAGUUAUCAUGGUAGUGGUUUUCCUAGUGGGCACUUUACUGUUCCUAAUGGGCGUUUGUUUAUUUCCUUCCAAAAAUAUAGAUGUUUUGGUAGGUGAUGGUUUGGAUAAUCGUUAUACUGCGUCAGAUGUUGGCGGAUGUUUGGCAGAUGGUCAAGCCAAUAAUGAAUUGGCACCGGAGGAGGAUUCGCCCCUGCAAUCGAAAAUAUCCACGGAUGGCAACGAAGUUGAUGGACCCCCGCACGAUAAUAUCGACGUAAUGACAACAUCUGAAUCUGGCUAUUUUGAACAUUUAGGGGCUAAGACAGAAAAAUAUUUAGAGACUUUUUUCACGUCAUGGGGCAAACUUUUUGCUACGUAUCCCUGGUUUACAUUGCUGGGCGGUUUACUGCUCGUUGCUGCUUUAGGUUAUGGCAUUAAAUUCUUACAUGUCACUACGGACCCAGUUAAAUUGUGGGCGUCGCCACAAUCACGUUCGCGGGUGGAAAGAGAAUUUUUUGAUUCAAAUUUUCAACCAUUUUACCGCAUUGAACAGAUCAUCGUUAAAGCCGUCGAUUUGCCCGAUAUUGUGCAUAAUACCUCAAACGGCCCGUUACAGUUUGGUCCAGUGUUCGAUAAGCAAUUUUUAACAGAUGUUUACCAUUUGCAAGAAGAAAUUAAAAAUCUGGGCAAAGGCGUCGAGAAUGCCACGAUGUUAAAAGAUAUCUGUUACGCACCGCUGACAACGGACGAACCUGGGUCGGUGGAGGCUACGAAUUGUGUUGUCCAAUCGAUUUGGGGCUACUUUCAAGAUGAAAUUGAUCGCCUUGACGACGAAGAUGAAGACAACGGUUUUGAAAUUACAUAUCUUGAUGAAUUGUACGCUUGUAUAAGCAAUCCAUAUCUAUGCUUGGCUCCUUACGGUGGGCCCGUAGAUCCAGCCAUAGCUUUGGGUGGUUUCUUAAAAUCGCGCGAACAAUUGUCGGGAGAUACAAAUUAUGAAAAGGCGAAUGCAUUAAUUCUGACAUUUCUAGUCCGAAAUCAUCAUGACAAGGAAAAACUUGGUCCUGCCUUGGAAUGGGAACAACGUUAUGUAGACUUCAUGCUUAACUAUACCAGGACUCGUAUGAGCAAACACAUGGAUAUUGCCUUCACCUCAGAACGUUCGAUUGAGGAUGAAUUGAAUCGUGAAUCGCAAUCCGAUGUUUUGACUAUUUUGGUGUCUUAUCUUAUAAUGUUUGCUUAUAUAGCCAUAUCAUUGGGCCAUGUUCAGGAGGUUAGUCGCGCUUUCAUUGACAGUAAAAUAACUUUGGGCGUGGGGGGCGUUAUCAUUGUAUUGGCUUCAGUUGUAUCUUCCGUGGGCGUCUUCGGCUAUAUUGGUGUACCGGCGACUUUGAUAAUUGUCGAAGUCAUACCUUUUCUGGUGUUGGCUGUUGGCGUAGAUAACAUAUUCAUAUUGGUGCAGACAUAUCAGCGUGAUGUCCAACGAGCUGAUGAAACUCACGAGGAGCACAUUGGUCGCAUUAUGGGACGAGUAGGACCUUCAAUGCUGUUAACCUCAGUCAGCGAAAGUUGCUGUUUUUUCUUGGGCGGACUGUCCGAUAUGCCUGCCGUGAAAGCAUUCGCGCUCUAUGCUGGUAUGGCGUUAUUCUUUGACUUCUUACUACAAAUCACCUGUUUUGUGAGCUUGCUUACACUGGAUACAAAACGUCAAGCCGAAAAUCGUUUAGAUGUGUGUUGCUUUAUUCGCGGGAAAAAGACCGAUGUAGUGCCCGUUACAGAAGGCUUACUUUAUAAGUUCUUUAAAAGCGUUUAUGUACCGUUCCUAAUGAAGAAAAGUGUUCGCGUCAUUGUAAUGAUUGUCUUCUUUGGUUGGCUAUGCUCCAGUAUAGCAAUUGCACCUCGUAUAGAGAUCGGCUUAAAUCAGGAGUUAUCAAUGCCCGAAGACAGUUUUGUUUUGCAUUAUUUUCAAUCUCUCAAUCGCUACCUCAGCAUUGGACCACCCGUAUACUUUGUGCUAAAAUCCGGCUUAAACUUCUCUGAGAGUUUUGAUCAAAAUAUGGUUUGUUCGGGGCAAUUUUGUAAUGAUGAUAGUUUGAUUACUCAAAUUUAUUUGGCAAGUAGACGUUCCAAUAAGACCUACAUAGCACGACCAGCUUCGAGUUGGAUAGACGAUUUCUUUGAUUGGAGCCAAGCGACAAGCUGUUGCAAAUAUCGUCCAGAAAAUGGCGGUUUUUGCCCACACACAGACACAACUUGUAACACUUGUGUGAUAAAACGCAACAAAUUGCAAAGACCAGACAAAGAGGAUUUCGGUAAAUAUUUACCAUUUUUCCUACAAGACAACCCCGAUGAUAGCUGCGCCAAAGCCGGCCACGCUGCCUAUGGCAAAGCUGUACGAUAUCAUCAGAGGCCAGAUAACGACUCAAUAGUAGAUGCUUCCUAUUUUAUGGCUUAUCAUUCCAUUUUGAAGACAUCAGCCGACUAUUAUUUAGCUUUGCGUUCAGCACGUAAAUUAUCAGCCAACAUAACUCACAUGAUACAGGGCCGACUCAUGUCCCAGGGUGUACCCUUUGAACAAGCCCUCAAAGUCGAAGUGUUUCCCUAUUCGGUGUUCUAUGUAUUCUACGAGCAAUAUUUAACCAUGUGGCCCGACACCUUGCAAAGUAUGGGUAUAUCGGUGUUGGCCAUUUUCAUAGUUACUUUCCUGCUGAUGGGCUUCGACAUACACUCCUCGCUGGUGGUGGUGAUAACAAUAACAAUGAUUGUUAUAAACUUGGGAGGCAACAUGUACUAUUGGAACAUUUCAUUGAAUGCUGUAUCAUUGGUGAACUUAGUAAUGGCCGUUGGCAUAUCUGUGGAAUUUUGUUCGCAUUUGGUACACAGUUUUUCAAUAUCUACGGAGAGUACACGCGAGAAACGCGCCGCCGAUUGUCUUACCAAAAUGGGUAGCUCGAUAUUUUCGGGAAUAACAUUAACAAAGUUUGGUGGUAUUUUGGUGCUGGCAUUCGCCAAAAGUCAGAUCUUCCAGGUGUUUUAUUUCCGUAUGUACCUGGGUAUUGUAUUGAUUGGCGCCGCUCAUGGCCUUGUAUUCCUGCCUGUACUUCUCAGCUAUAUCGGCGUGAUGCAGGGUCCCCGCGGAAGAUCAUCAUCAUCAAUUACAACAGCAAGAAUACGAUCAAGCUGCUCACCCGCUAACUCACAUACAGCCGGCUAUCAUCCAGACGAAAGAAUCCUCGAAGCUGUUACCAAUUUUUCUCCAAUGUGCCCAUCUGCGUCGCAAUCGUCCUUCGGAAGUAUAAGUUCAGCUACAAAUCUACAAUCACCGUCACCACCACCCGGAUAUCGUCGUAUACCCGAAGAAUAACUUAUUAGAAACUACAAUUUGAAAACCAAAAACUCAAACACACAUUCAUAGGAAAGCGUACCAGCGACAGAGACUUGUGACGACAGCCAUCUAUCUAUUCAUUUACUAGCUCAAUUACGAUUACUGGCUAGGAAUCGACUAAAAAAUAUUUCUAAUUUUUGCUUCUCUUCACUAGUCUCCUGCUUUCAGACAAGAGAAAAAUUAAACAAAAAAAUUAUAAAAAUGUAAUUAUUUAUAAAACAACAAACAGCUAAUGAUCUAUGUAUUUUAACUCGACAAUUAUUUGUAUUAGAAGCAUUGCACUGAAUUGA